UUCUUCUUUCAGUAUAGACUCUUUGAUCACUUCUAUCAUGAGGUUCAUGUUGUUCUUGUGCACAGCAGUGUUGCUGUCUUCCAGCUUUGCCAUUCCAUUAGGACACCAAUCUGGACUGUCAAGCCUCAAGGAUCUGAAAUCCAUAGAGGCCUAUCUUAACAAGUUUUUUCCAGCCGUGGAUAAAUUAAUUAAGCAUACCCUGGAAGAACGAAUCAAAGAAAUGCAGAAAUUCUUCCAUUUGACUGUAACGGGAAAAAUAGAUGCCGAAACUGUCACAGUAAUGGAACAGCCUAGAUGUGGAGUUCCAGAUGUCUCGAGCUACACUACAUUUCCAGGAAGACCACAAUGGAAUAAGAAUGUGUUGACUUACAGAAUUAAAAACUACACUCCUGACAUGCCUCGAGACAGCGUGAACACAGCCAUAGCAAAGGCAUUUAAAGUGUGGAGUGAUGUGACCCCACUUCAGUUCAGAAAAACAACAAGACCUGCUGAUAUUGAAAUUCUCUUUGCAUAUGGGGCUCACGGUGACUACGACGCUUUUGAUGGGAGAGGUGGAGUUCUGGCUCACGCUUUUGCCCCUGGACAAGGCAUGGGCGGAGAUGCACACUUUGAUGAGGAUGAGGCCUGGUCAGAAACCAAUAGAGAAACCAACCUUUUCCUUGUUGCUGCACAUGAGAUUGGUCAUUCCUUGGGACUGGGUCAUUCGCGUGUCCCCAGCGCUUUGAUGUAUCCUACCUAUUCCUAUGUGAACCCAAAUAAUUAUCGCCUUCCAGCGGAUGAUACGAAAGGAAUCCAGAGUUUAUACGGAAAGAAGAGGCUGUAAACAAACCCCAUCAAGUGUUUCAAAGGAAACAAAAGGAUCCUACUUUGUACUUCUGAUUAAAAAUAUAUAUUUUUAAUGCAGCACAAUUGCAAGAAUUCUUGACAUCUGAAUUGGAGAAUUGUGACGUGAAAUUUAAAUAAACAAAUAAACAUGUUAAGCUUUUCUAAAUGGUUGAUUUUAGAAAGGUGAGAAUCUACCACACAUGGAAAAAUAAAUAAAUUCUCAAAUACAA